AUGGAGGUGUGGCUGUGGUGGAUGCUGACGCUGAGUGUGGUGUGCGUGUCUGUAUACAGCCAGCAGACUGAGAAAGGUACACAGAACCCUUGCACAGUGAAGCAGACUUGCCACGACUGUAUACAGACGCCGACCUGCGCCUGGUGCGCUCAGCCCACGGGAUUUGAAGACCAUAAUCGCUGCUACCAGCCGAGUGGUAAUCCUCGUGUCGAGUGUAAUGCGUCGUACAUUGUGGAUCCGAGCAAUGAGUUUAGAACCAUAGUGCAGAGAAAGCUCAGCAAGGGCAAGUACUCCGCCAGCGAAUACUACGCCAACUCCACCUAUACAGCCACGUCUCCAUCGCCUUCCUCAUCUUCAUCAUCGUCUCACCACGAGGCUGUACAGAUCUCACCCCAGCGGGUCUCCCUGAAGCUAAGAAUCAAUGAGCCUUUCAGGAUUACGGUAGAUUAUGCCCAGGCCGAAGAUUACCCUGUGGACCUCUAUUACCUCAUGGACCUCAGCUAUUCCAUGAGGGAUGACAAGGAGAAGCUGUCCAGUCUGGGCGAUGUGUUGGCUAAGAGGAUGCAGAACAUCACCAGGAACUUCCGCCUGGGGUUCGGCAGCUUUGUAGACAAGGUGGCCAUGCCCUACGUCAGUACAGCGCCCAUCCAACUAAAGAAGCCAUGCAACCAAUGUGAAUCUCCUUACGGUUUCCGCAACCACAUGAAACUCACAACAGACACCGCCAAGUUCAACGACGAGGUGCACAAGGCUGCCAUAUCAGGGAACCUGGACAGUCCCGAGGGAGGUUUCGACGCCAUCAUGCAGGCCGUGGUCUGCCGGGAGCAGAUCGGCUGGCGGGAGAGGGCCCGGAGGCUGCUAGUCUUCUCUACGGACGCCGCGUUCCAUUAUGCUGGUGACGGAAAGCUCGGAGGCAUUGUGAAGCCGAAUGAUGGACUGUGCCAUCUUGAUGGGGAAGGCACCUACACACACUCCACGCUCCAAGACUACCCGUCCAUUGCACAGAUCAACCAUAAGGUGAAGCAGAAUGCUAUAAACGUGUUAUUCGCUGUAACCAGUGACCAGAUUGAAGUGUACAAUAGAUUAGGAAAGCACAUAGAAGGUAGCACCUCCGGUACACUCUCUGGGGACUCGAGUAACGUCGUUGACCUGGUGCAGGAGCAAUACAAUAAAAUCAAGUCAUCAGUGGAAAUGAAGGACACGGCGAGUAAUGCCGUGAAAGUGACGUACUACUCCAAGUGCCUGGACGAGAACGGUUCGCUUAAACAGACCAACAAGUGCGACGGGCUGCAGGUGGGAACGGUGGUCACUUUUCAGGUGGAGGUCGAAGUCAUGUCCUGUCCCAAGGAUCCCAAGGAGUGGAACCAUGUGUUCCAGAUUUAUCCUGUCGGCAUCAACGAGUCCCUGACUGUUGACCUGGAGAUGCUGUGUUCCUGCCCCUGUGAGAGCCCAGGCAACCCUCUGUACAAGGAGUCUGCGCCCGAGUGCUCAGACGUCGGCACUUACAAGUGCGGAGUUUGUGAGUGCGACAGUGGCCACUUCGGACACAAGUGUGAGUGCGGGAGUGAUAACACACAGCAGCCCGACAAGGACAUUGACUUGACAGCCGGCUGCAGACCUGAUAACAUGACUGUCAACGACUGUUCUGGCCGAGGUACCUGUGUGUGCGGCCAGUGCGACUGCGACACCAGACCCAACCCUGAGGAGAAAAUAUCAGGCUCGUUCUGCGAGUGUGAUAACUUUUCUUGUAACCGCCACAAUGGGUUGUUGUGCUCCGGCCCGGACCACGGACAGUGCGUGUGUGGCAAGUGUAUGUGUGCCUCAGGCUGGACAGGAAGUGCGUGUGACUGCCGUGCCACCAACGACACUUGUAUCCCGCCCGAGGGUGGCGAGAUCUGCAGUGGUCGGGGAGUCUGCGAGUGUGGCAUGUGCGUGUGUGACCAGGAUGACGAGGGUAAGGGUUACUACAGCGGCAGCUUCUGCAACAAGUGCUCGACAUGCCCGAACAGGUGUAAGGAGUUCAAGGAGUGUGUGCAGUGUUUGGUGUACAAGACAGGUUCUAUCACGCUUUAGGAGUGUGCCACUAA